AUGCGGCUGCUUGGAAGGCCGGCAGAUCUGCACACCUGGCUGUCUGUCUUCCCCGACGGCUGCAACUACGACGCGCUGUCAGACCUGGCAGGCGCCUCUCUGCUCCGCUGGCAGUUGCUGUGGCCAACUGACGGCCCAGCAGCUGGCCUGCGGCAAGGGCCACUGCCCGUGCCGGAGCCGAUGCCGCGGCACGUGGCGGCCGCGAUCCUGGCCGAGCUGCAGCCUUUGUGUGUGGUGGCUGCCAAGCUGCCCCUCCUGGCGCUCGCCGGUGCCAUGCCGCUCGCCUACGCCUUUCAAGAGGUGUUUCUGGAGCUUCUGGCUCUUGCCAGCUAUGGAUUGCGCUGCAUUGCCACCUCGGUGGGGUCCGAGCCCGGCGAUGGCUCCGACACCUCGCGGCAGGUGCAGUGCGCUUGCAUCGAAGUGCUGGCAGGCUUGCAGCCUGCCGUCCAGGUGGCGGCGGGUGGGCUGCCGCCGCGACCGGCGGGCGUGGAGGCCCCCCCGGGCGAUCCAGGCCUGUCUCCACAGGGCGAGGGCUACCUGAAAGCAGCCAUGACUGCCCUGCUGACCAUCCCCGACCUGUGCGGCUAUGUGGGCAACAUUGGAGUCGUUCGGGAAUUGACUUCGAUGUGCCUGGCGAUGACACGGUCUCCGGCAGCGCACGGGGAGGCCAUGCUCUGGAGGUCGCACAUACAUGCCCUCGACUGCAUCGCUGCGCAGCAGGCCCUGGCCGGGGAUGAUGAGCAGGCGGUGGCACGUGCCAAGGCGCUGGCCCUGCGCCCCUGCGCCUUCUUGGGCUGCACCUGUCUGAGCUGCGCCAGCGACGCGGAGCUGCAACGGACGAGCAACGGCGUGGAGGUUGAGUUCCCGUUUGAGGCCUACCCCUGCCAGCUGGAUUACAUGACCAAGGUCAUCCAGGCGCUGCAGGAGGGCCAGCACGCGCUGCUGGAGUCGCCCACGGGGACGGGCAAGACGCUGUGCCUGCUGUGCGCCACGCUGGCAUGGCGCCAGUCGCUGACCACGCAGGCAAGACCUGCCAGCCACCCUGCGGCCGCGGCGGUGGGCGAGGUGCAGGCAAACCAGCACAGCAGCACCCUGGUGCAAGGGCUGCGGGAGGCAUGGGCGGAGCACCGUGCCACAAAGAUGGCGGAGGGUGGGCCGGGCAGCGGGCUUCCACAGAUUGUGUACAGCUCGCGCACCCACUCCCAGCUGCAGCAGGUCAUGCGGGAGCUCAAAUCCUGCAGCUACAAGCCCCGCACCGCCACCGUGGCCUCCCGCCAGCACGGCUGCCUGCACCCUGUGGUCUCCACCAUGCAGGCCGGCGCCAACCAGGCCUGCCGCGCGCUGGUCAGCAAGCGCGCCUGCAAGUGGUACAACGGCGUGGAGAAGUUUGUGCGGCAGAACCCCGAUGCCAACGCCGAGGUGCUUGACAUUGAGGACCUGGGCAGGAUUGGGGAGAGCCGCACCGUCUGCCCCUACUACCUGGCUCGCGAGAUGGCUGCCACCGCCGACAUCGUCUUCAUGCCUUACAACUAUCUGCUGGAUGCCAAGACUCGUACCGGCCUGGGCAUCGCCUGGCAGAGCGCGGUGCUCAUCUUCGACGAGGCGCACAACGUGGAGCAAGUCUGCUCCGACUCGAUGUCGUUCGACCUGCCUGCUGCCGCGCUGGCGUCCGCCAUCGAGGAGCUGGGCACGGCGGCAGAGGUGGCUGCCAACAAGGGCGAUGCCCCCAUCAACGUGUUUAAUGAGCUUGGCGGCCAGGACCGCAACAUCAGCCUGGCCAGCGUGGCCGCAGAGCUGCACCGCGCCCGUGCCGUGCUGUGCCGCCUGGAGCAGGAGGUGGCGGGGCUGGUCAAGCCGGGCUCAGGCGAGGCAGCGUGGCAGCACACGCCGGCUGCGCAGCGGGACGCGGGCCUGACCCGGCCCGGCGCCUUCCUGUUCGAGCUGCUGGGGCGCUGCGGCAUCAACUCCCAGACCUGGCGCGUGCUGCAGCAGUGCCUGGAUACAGCCAUGUCGGUGCUGACGGAAGAGGCGGUGGAGGCGGGGCGCAGGAGCGGCAGCCGCGCCAGCACCUACUGCCUGCACCAGGUGGCAGAGGCGCUACGCCUGGCCUUUGUGGGCACGGCGGCGGGGCCCGAGGAGCCGCCGCCGCCGCUGGCCAGCAGCGGCGGGCAGUGGCCGCCCCCGCAGGCCGUUUUGCAGCAGCUGGCGGCGCCGCAGGUGCCUGCGUCCCACGCCGCCUACCGCGUGCACGUCCACCUGGAGAAGAGCAAGAACGGCCGUGUCACACCCACCCUGUCCUACUGGUGCUUCUCACCAGGCCUGUCCAUGCAGCAGCUCACAGACAUGAAGGUGCGCUCCAUCCUGCUCACCAGCGGCACGCUGUCCCCGCUGGACUCCUUUGCCCACGAGCUGGGCCUGCCCUUCCCCAUCCGCCUGGAGAACCCGCACGUCAUCGCCAAGGAGCAGGCGAGCGGCGUGUGGGUGGGGGUGGUUCCCACCGGCCCCAGCGGCCACGCACUCAACAGCAGCUACCAAAACCGGGAGAAUGCUGCCUACAGGAGCGACCUGGGCCAGGCUCUGGUCAACUUCUGCCGCAUCAUCCCCGACGGCCUGCUCGUCUUCUUCACAUCCUACGCCCAGCUGCAGAGCUGCGUCGCCACCUGGAAGCAGGUGCCCAGCAGCGGAGGCCCCAGCAUUUGGGAGCGCAUCGCCAAGAGCAAGCAGCCCGUGAUUGAGCCCAGGGAGUCUGCAGCCUUCAACGCCGCAGCCCUCGACUUCCGCGCCAAGCUGCUCAACCCGGCCUACAACGGAGCCGCCUUCUUUGCCGUCACGCGAGGCAAGCUCAGCGAGGGGCUGGACUUCAGCGACGCGGCGGGGCGGGCGGUGGUGCUGACGGGUAUCCCAUACGCAAUGAGGCACGACCCCAAGGUGCGGCUGAAGCAGGAGGUUCUGAACGAGGCACGGUCUGCGCCACGGAAGCGCGGCGCGGCGGGCGGCGCCUCGGCCGCCCCCCAGGGCCUCUCUGGAGACCAAUGGUACUCCCAGAAUGCCAUGCGGGCGGUGAACCAGGCGGUGGGGCGCGUGAUCCGCCACGCCCGGGACUAUGGAGCCAUCAUCCUCUGCGACGAGCGCUUCAAGUCCCCGAACGUGCAGCGCCAGCUGUCGUGCUGGCUGCGGGGCCAGGUGGCUGUCUGCCCCACCUAUGGAGCCGCCAACUCAUCGCUGGUGCAGUUCUUCAAGCAGCAGGGGGCGGUGGCACGCAAGGCUCUGGCGGCGGGCGGCGGGCCGGCCGUGGUGUCCGGCAUGGCGCGCUCGGGCCCCGGGCCGUUUAGCGCCGCGGCCGCGGCGCCUGGCGGGCUGACGGGGGCGGGGGACGCCGCGGCGCAUGGCAGCCGGCGCUCGCUGCUGCAGCAGGUGCCAGCAGCCUUUGAUGCGGUCGGCAUGACUGAGUUGUUUGCGCCUGUGGCAGCAGCCGCGGCAGCGGCCGCUGCCGGGGCUCCUCCCCAGGAGCAGCAGCAGCAGGAGCACCACCACCAGCAGCAGCCGGCCAGCUGGCAGCUGCCACCAGCUAGCGGAGGGGGCGGUGCAAGUGGCCAGGGGGCCGGCGGCGGCGCCAACGGCGGCGCUGCAUCACGGUUGAUGUCAGCGCUGGAAGGCGUGGGUGGUAGCAGCAGCGUGCCGGCACGCCAGGUCAGCGGCCCAACCGCAGCAGCUGCCGCAGCCGUUGAUAGCCUGCUGGGCGAGCUUGGAGCCGCAGGCCCCGCCCCGCAGCUAGGCACGGCGCCUGCCGGCAUGGCGCAGCAGCAGGCGGGCGCCCGGCCAGGCAACGACAGCAGCAAACUAUUUGAGCCGCGGCCGUGGGAGCGGGCCGCGCUGGCAGCCUGCGCUCGGCCGUGCCCUCCCAAGCCGCCGGCGGGGACGACCGCAGGCGGCGGCGGCGGCGGCCCGGCCGGGAACGUGGUGGGGCCGGCUCACCUCGUGGCAAAGCAUGCGGAGCGGCAGCGCCAGCGCAGCGCCAGCGCCGAGCCCGAGCAGGCACGCGCUGCUGCGGCAGCAGGCCAGCAGCAGCAGCAGCUGCCGCCGCCGCCGCCGCAGCAGGCCGCUGGCUCGAGUAUGUCGGCGCAGCUGGACCCGUCCGCUGAGGGUGCGCAGCAGGAGCCGCAGCUGCAGCAGGAGCAGGAGCAGCAGCAGCAUGGGGAGCCGCCAGCAGGGGACAAGGUCGCCCAGCGGGCUGCAAUGGUCAGCACGUACAUGGCACAGCUCAAGGCCACGCUGACACAGGAUCAGUUCCGGGCCAUGCGCGGAGAGCUCAGCGCCUACAACAAGAGCAGGGACGUGGGGCGGCUGCUGGCGCAGGCGCUGCCGCUGCUGCAGCCGCACCCGGCCCUGCUGGAUGCCUUUGCCGCCUUCCUGCCCAAGGCUGCACGCCCUGAGCUGCAGCGCCAGCUGCAGCAACUGCAGGUGCCGGCUGCUGCCAGCACAGCAGCACCAGCCUCAACAGCAACAGCUGGGCCGGCUUCGAGGGCAAACGCAGGGAUGGCGGGGGUGGCACCGUUUGGGGCCCAGCGCCAGCAGUCUGCGGUGGGCCUGGCCAGCGGUGCAGCUGUGCAGCAGCAGCAGCAGCAGCAGCAACAGCAGCAGCAGCAGCAGCAGCACACGUUGGUUGGCCAGGGAGGUGCGGUUUUCCGUAUUGCUCAGCCUCAGCCGCAACAGCAGCAGCAGCAGCGGCAGCAUGGCCGGCCAGGGCAGGCACGCCCAGCACCACCAGCCGCGCUCGGAGGUGCUGGGCGCCAGCCGCUUGUGCAGCAGCAGCAGCAGCAGCAGCGGCGGCCGCCGCCUGGGCAGCCGAACAAGCUGCAGCAGCUGCUGUCCGGCGGCGGCGCGCGGCAGCAGCCGGCACCUGCUCGGCCCGGCGCCGCCGCACAGCAGCAGCAGCAGCAGCAGCAGCAGCAGCGCGGCGGCGGUGCCGGCAGCAACAUGCUCAUGCCUCCUCGCGGCAUGCAGCAGGCCAUGCUGGCCGCGGCUGCGCGGCGCUCUGGGGCGGCGGCGGCAGCAGGACCCGUCGCUGGGCAGCAGGCACGGCCUGGAGGCAGCGCCAGGCCUGGCGGCCAGGUUGAGCGGCGCGGGCCGCCGUGCCCUGUGUGCAGCAAAGCCCCGAUGGAUGCUCCGCACGAGGCGGGGUGCGGGCACAGCGCGUGCUAUGCGUGCUGGCUCAAGGCGCUGGCGCAAUUCAAGUGCCCCGUGUGCAGCCGCGGCGUGCGCAAGAACCAGCUCUCCAAGAAGUUCUUCUAG